GUCAAAACAAAUAAAAUGAAACAUAUAAGUUGAAAACAACAUGUCAGGACCGACUGCAUUUGUAUGACUGUGCUUGUUUGUAAACUUACUGGUUGUCAAUUUAUGUUCAAAGGUGUUGACGGUGAUACUUACUGACUGACUGACAUUCUUUAAAUGAAGCAAGAGCUGUUGUCAAAUAUCGAUCUUCAAUUACCAUAGAUUUAUCAAGUUACAUGAGAUGUUGAUAAAACAACAACUACAGAUAAAUUGAGUCUGAUGAUUUUAUUAGGAUUUGCAUAUUGGAGGCUAAGAAGAAAUAAUGAGGAAAGUGAUAUAACUCAAUAAAUGAAUAAAAAGACAGUGAAAAUCAUUAGUGUAAUAAAACAGCAUAUGGAAUUGUAAUACGUACUCUAUAUUUUUUAUUGAGAACUAUAAUGCAAGCCUGUUUUUUGACGUAAUGGUCAAAAUACACUCAAAAUCUACAAGUUCAUUCGUUAAUAAUAAUGCAAAAGCAUAUAACACAAUUUAAAUUGAUGAACAGUUUAUGUAUGGUGAGUGUAUCCAUCUCCUGGAUUCAGUUAAACAAUCACAUGUACUACACAAUCUUCUCUUCCAGCCAGCGAUGCACCUUAAAUAAGCUUACACAUUUAACGAAUCAAAUUUAGCAGCAUAAUAUGUAUAUAUGUGAGCCAAAGAACAAAACGUUUUUUAAAAACUCUCAUAUGUGGCAGCAAAUUCAUUGAUAUUAUGAGUUCUUCCGUGCAGCUCUUAUUAGUUAUGUUGUUGAUAAUGAUUAAGACAGAUAAUGCUUUUUCACUUAGUUGUUAUACGUGCAUUUCGUGUCCAGUCAAAUUCUCACGCCACGAUGAAAGCAUUAAAGUUGAGAAUAAUUGCCAGUGGUGUGUAACACUUCAAGUAAACCACUCACCAAAUUUAACAAGAGCAUGUAGCGUUUCUUGUGAUGUCGAAUUAAUAGAAAAAAUGUUUGGGAAUUUCAAUUAUACUUGUUGUAAUAAAAAUUAUUGCAAUAAAAGCUCCAAAAAUUCUUCAGCUUAUCAAAUUCUACUUAUGCCUUUGCUGAUCAUCUACCUUUACACAAUCGGGAAGAAAUGGUAACAAGGAUAACCCUGGACACUUUCAUUUAUCAAAUGUUUUCUGAAUAACUUUCAUCUUUCUUUGCAGUAAGUAACGUUAAACAGUUUCAUAGUUUUUGGAAAGCUCUUUCUCAUGUACUUCUUUAUGCAUUUGUUUGUGUUAACAUGCUUAUUUUGUCUGGUGUAAAUGCGUUUUGAUGAAAUAAAUAUGAUAAUUACAGAAACGUAACAAUCACAAACGAUGUGCUGCUCCAUUUUAGGGUGUGACUGAAGUUAACACAAAUAUUUAUCUGGAGAAAGCUUAUAGUUUGAAAAUAAUAAAAUUCAUUUACUGCUCUUCACUAGAAUUCUCUGUAUCUCAUAAUAUCGGUUCAGAACAAGAUAAAAACGUAUAAUUCAAUCGAUGAAAGCAUUGGAGUGAUUAUAAAGGAAGCAGAGCUAAAUUGAAACAAUUUUAACCAUAGCUUGUUUUAAAAAUCUUAUGUGAUUGCUUUUAAGCAUAUAUAUAUAGUUUAGUAUAAUUUUUAAACAAAGCUUGGGAAAUAAAUGAUAUUCAC